CCGCCCCGCUCCGCCAUCAUGAAGUCCUGAACAAAAACGGAUGAGAGUCGAGCAAAAUGGGGAUAACACGAACUGGAGAUGAAAUCCGCCGACAACACUAACGUAAUGACAGCACAAAGUGGAGCACGGAGCGGACCCGUGGAAAUUAAUGAAUCAGUUUCCCAUUGAAAACGUCCCAGGCCGCUCCUGGCGUUACGUUAUUUAGUUAGCAGUGUUGCUAACAGCAGCUAGAGCUAGCCUCUGAUUUUCUUUGGGAGACAGCUCAGCUACUAUAGCUGCUAGUUUAGCUGGCAGGCGUCAGUCAGCUAGCUGUCACUUUAAUUGACUGGCACCUCACUCAUGUCAAGUGGUGCAGACGUGCUAGCUGUCCAAUUGACUGGGAGCAUCAGGAUGGAGAGGGGUUUGAGUAAAAGCGUCGACAGGCAGAAUGUGGUUUGUUCGUGUUGAAUAGACACCAGUGCCGAGGAAAGGGGAGUGAGACCAAUAUUUUCCAGCCAGGCCGGUUAGCUAGCCCCCGAGCUAGCUACAGUGGAUCCCAAAAGCCACGGCGCUGGCCAUGCCGUCGAGUGUGCGGGCCGGGAGCCUGAAGGACCCGGAGGUGGCUGAGCUGUUCUUCAGGGAGGACCCUGAGAAGCUCUUCACAGAUCUGAGGGAGAUCGGCCAUGGGAGCUUCGGAGCUGUCUACUUCGCCCAUGACAUCCGCACCAAUGAGGUGGUGGCCAUCAAGAAGAUGUCCUAUAGUGGCAAACAGUCCAAUGAGAAAUGGCAGGAUAUCAUCAAGGAAGUGAAGUUCCUCCAGAAACUGCGCCACCCCAACACUGUUGAGUACCGUGGGUGCUACCUGAGAGAGCACACAGCAUGGCUGGUGAUGGAGUACUGCUUGGGCUCAGCUUCUGACCUCUUAGAAGUCCACAAGAAACCCCUCCAGGAAGUGGAAAUAGCUGCCAUAACCCAUGGUGCAUUGCAGGGAUUGGUGUAUCUUCACUCUCACAACAUGAUUCACAGGGAUGUGAAGGCAGGAAACAUCUUGUUAACAGAGCCAGGUCAGGUCAAGCUGGGAGACUUUGGCUCGGCCUCCAUUGUUGCCCCAGCCAACUCCUUCGUUGGAACACCUUACUGGAUGGCCCCUGAGGUGAUCCUGGCCAUGGAUGAGGGUCAGUACGAUGGGAAGGUGGAUGUGUGGUCACUUGGCAUUACCUGCAUAGAGCUGGCGGAAAGGAAGCCUCCUCUGUUCAACAUGAAUGCUAUGAGUGCCUUAUACCACAUCGCCCAGAACGAGAGCCCCGUGUUGCAGUCUAAUCACUGGUCGGAUUAUUUCCGCAAUUUUGUGGACUCCUGUUUGCAGAAGAUCGCCCAGGACAGACCUACCUCUGAUGUGCUGCUCAAGCACCAUUUCCUAUGCAGAGAGCGUCCGAUGACAGUUGUGAUGGACCUGAUCGCCCGCACCAAGGAUGCUGUCCGCGAGCUGGACAACCUUCAGUACCGCAAGAUGAAGAAAAUCCUCUUCCAUGAGGCGCACAACGGUCCCGCACCAGAAGGAGGCGAUGAGGAGGAGGAUGUGGAGCAGUAUAUGCUGCGCACCGGCACAGUCAACAGCAUGGAGAGCUCCCACUCUCUGCCAUCCAUGUCAAUCAGCGCCAGCUCCCAGAGUAGCUCGGUCAACAGCCUGGCGGAUGGCUCCGACGACAGCGGGGAGAUGGCCAUGAUGCAGGAGGGAGAGCACACCGUCACCUCCAACAGCUCCGUCUUGCACAAGCCCCUGAGCCAUGACAAUAUCUACGAUGAUCCCUAUCAGCCAGAGGUCGACUCACAAAGAGAAGCUUCGUCUGCCGGUGGCGGCGGGGGAGGCGGAGGAGGAGGAGGAAGGCGUCGUCGAGGCAGAGACCAUUUUGCCACCAUUAGGACGGCCUCGCUCGUCACCCGUCAGAUCCAGGAACAUGAGCAGGGCUCGGCCCUUAGAGAGCAGAUGUCUGGGUACAAGCGAAUGCGGCGGCAGCACCAGAAGCAGCUGAUGGGGCUGGAGAACAAGCUGAAGGCGGAGAUGGACGAGCACCAGCUGAGGUUGGACAAAGAGCUGGAGAAUCAGAGGAACAGCUUCUCAAUGGAGGGAGAGAAGCUCUCCAAGAAGCACCAGGCUAUCCUGGAGAAGGAGACAAAGGCAGUCCUGACUGAGGAGAAGAAGUUCCAGCAGCACAUACUUGGCCAGCAGAAGAAGGAGUUGACCGGUCUGCUGGAGUCCCAGAAGCGACAGUAUCGACAGCGCAAGGAGCAGCUUAAAGAGGAACUGAAUGAGAACCAGUCAACACCAAAGCGGGAGAAACAGGAGUGGCUGGUGCAUCAGAAGGAGUGUCUGCAGCAGCUGCAGGCGGAGGAGGAAGCAGGCCUGCUGCGGCGACAGAGGCAGUAUUAUGAGCUACAGUGUCGUCAGUACAAGAGGAAGAUGCUGCUGGCACGCCACAACCUGGAGCAGGACCUGCUCCGAGAGGUACCGGUUUUACAUCAGACUGGUGUGUCGAUGUCGGAUCAACAAGAACUGAACAAGAAGCAGACUCUGAAGGACUUGGAGUGCGCGAUGCUCCUCCGUCACCACGAGUCCACCCAGGAGCUGGAGUUCCGCCAGCUGGGUUUGGUGCAGCGCACGCGGGCCGACCUGAUCCGCACGCAGCACCAGACGGAGCUCACCAACCAGAUGGAGUAUAACAAGAGGCGUGAGCAGGAGCUGCGUCAGAAGCACGCCGUGGAGGUGCGCCAACAGCCCAAGAGCCUCAAAGUGAGUGAGAGCACCCAGAGCCUGGGGUCUCCUGAGGAGGGAGAGGGCCAGACACCAGAGGGGCCGAGCGGCAGCUGGGACAGCGAGGCAGGGGUGGCAGGCGUAGAGGUGGAGGACGAGAGGGAUGGUGUGGUAGAAAAGACGAGGGAGGGGGUGGAUAAGGGGCUGUAUGAUGUUGAGGAUGAGCUUGAUGGAGCGGUAUUUGAAGAUGACGUUUAUAGGGAGGUAGAGAAGGAGGAGGGUGUGAGUGUCCCUGUGGUUGAAGGGAAAGAUGAGUUAAAUGGCGACGAUAAGCCAAAGAGAGAUGAUGAGAAGGAGGAGUGGAAAAUCAGUGGAGAGGGAGCAGAGGAGAGGGAAGUAGAGGGAGUGCAGUGGGAGUACGUGGAGGAUCACAGUAAACCUGCACAUGUAGACACUGAUGAAGAAGAAGAGGGCAGGGGCGUGGCCGACGGUUGUCCCUCUGAGUUUAUCUCAUCCCUGACCCCAGAAAAAAGACGACUCCGUGAGCGAGAGCUCGAUGAGCUGUCUGAGUUUUAUUUCCCCGAUGCUCCAGAGGAGCUGGAGCCCAUUUCUCCUCCUCCUCCUGCUCCCCCCGCCCAGACUUCUUUACCUUCACUCUUCUCUCAUGCCAUCUGCCUCCUCCUCUCUCUUUCUGCUGCUGCCCAGCCCUCCAAUCUCACUCUGCUGCUGCUCUCCAUCUUCCUCCUCUCCCUCCGCCGCUCACCUCCUCUGCCCUCAGUGGCCUCUGUUCUCCUCUCUGCCGAGCUCGCCUUCCUGGCACUCUUCUUCUCAUAUCUCUUCCUGCGCUCAUGCUGCUCUUUGUCUCUCUCCACCUACCUGUCGCUCAGCCUCUGGGUCAGCGGCCUCUUCAGUUUAGGCCUCUCCUUCAGUUUGGGGAUUUAUUACAUUCCCAUGAUAUUGAUUUCAGCCUCCUUCCUCAGCUCUCCCUCCCUCUUCCUGUCUCUCUACUUGGUGGUGGUGCUGAUUGUCAGGCCGGCCCGCGACUUCCUCCAGCACGCACCUCGCAAAGUCAACCGCCUCUGCAUGCGCGUCCUUUUCCGCCUGCCUCGACCCCUGUUCGCCAUGUGCCAGUCAGUCCUGGGCGGCAUGGCUGAGCGAAACCUCUAUGAGAUGUUUCCCAAAGCGGGGCGCAACUGGGGCGGGCGCCAGUCCAAAAUCCCAGUCCCCCUAAAGAGCUUACCUUUGGAGUAUCAGGCUCGCUGCAGGAACACCUCCCCCCUGGCCAAGGGGCUCCUCUGGGUGAGGCGUUUCGGCAGACGACCUCUCGGAGUCCUGGCAGACCUGGCUAACUCCGUAGUGCUAAAACUCGCCGGACAGCUCAUUAAAAAGCUGCCUCCCACUGUCCGGGUCAAACUCCAAACUCUGGGCCUCUUAAAGAAGACGAGCCCGAGCAGGCUGCCGCAACUGCUGCCCCGGGAGGUCAGAGAGAGGAGGGAGAGGGAGAGGAGGGGGAGAGAGAGGGAGAGGAAGAGGAGGCAAGAGAGGGUGUUCCGUGAGGAGGUGAGGUGGGAGUGUGGGUUGAGACGAACUGCAUCUGGGAGGUUCGUCAGGGGGAAAAUUCGGCCGUGGAGAUAGAAAGAGAGUGAGACAAAUCGAAGUAAAGAAACUUGUGCUGGUUUUAUGUGAGUGAGUGUGUGAGCGUGAUCGCGCUCAUGUUCCAUUGUUGAACCAUUGUUUGUGUGUCUUUUUGAUUUGGGCCCAAUAACUCCCAAACUGGUUUUUGGUCACAUUUCCUAAAGAUGAGACAUAUUUUACCCUGCACACACACAUCUGUGUGUGCUGGCUGAAAGUGAUUUUGGCUGUUGAAUUCAAACAUGCACAUGUUUAUGUGCAUACAAGCCAUACUGUUGAACCAGCGGGACCUGUAGACGUAAACAUGCAGCUGAACCCGCGGUUACUGCACCAAACCCAGUGAAGUUUUCAUUAUUGUGCUUUUUGUAAAAGUUCCUUAAAGUUUUUUAUUUUAUUUUAUUUUAUUUUAUUUUUAUUAUUUUGCUCUUAAUUUGUAAGACAAAUAUUUUUAUGGUUAUUUUUAAGACCGUUUUUUGUGCAAUCUUUUCUUUAUGGUGGUCUUAUUUCAAGAGGUGCGCUGGUAUCUCAGUGCUUAGAACAAAUAUUUACAGUGUUGCAUAGCGUCUUGGCUAUAAUUUCACUCCCUAAAGAUUAAAACUGUGAAAAAAAAACAAAAAAAACCGAAUGAUUUCACUAACAUCACCCUGAACACUAGUUCUCAGUCGAUAUAAGAGUGCAAUAAACAGCUGAACCGAAAUAUCUGGGACCACUUUAGGUCAUUUGAUAUCAUCAUUAGUCCAAGAGGAAAACAGUUAACUAAAGGUCUUACAAUAUAGGAUUUAAAAUAUAAAGUAAGGGGCCAUUUAGCUGGAACAAGCCGGUCCAGCUCAUCGUUUCAUGUUGACACAUGAUUUACAGCUGGUGAAAUCAUUAUCUGUCAGAUUCUAGUUAGAUAUACUAUUUUUAUUGCGCUUUAUGCAAUGAUCUUGUUAUGAUUUACCAUGUAAACAUAUAGAUACCCUCCCCUCCCCUACCCUUGUGUGUUGUCACAACUGCUUGCACAGAUGCUGAUAGUCUCUUGUGAAGUGACGUAUCCUAAAUUUAUAGUAGAAACAUAAGGAAGCAGGAUAUACUCUGGAGUUGUGGAAGUAUAAUAUAAUAAAAACCUAUUUAAUAUUUCAGCGUAGUUUAAUUUAUAUGAAGCCAUACAGACAAUCUUUUGAGACAUGCAAUCGUAGAAAUUAAAGUCCAAAGAUUGAUGCAACUACUGAAUGUGAAAGAUUGAGCAUCGCAUGAAAAGAAGAUAAUCAGUAAUUUUGCACUGUCCCAAAGACCAUUUAAAAGAUACCAAAUGAGGGAGAACAGAUCACUUCAGUGUAGGGCAGGUAUUUUAAUCAUUAAGUAAUCUGCCAGUUAUUUUUUCAAUUAAACAUUUAGCCUAUGAAACGUCAAAAAAUAUUGAAAAAAUGCCCGUCGCAGCUUUCCAGACCUUGAAGCUGGGCUCAGACUGCAGGAGAUGAUUUAUCCCCGAUACUACACUCCCGACAAUCCAAGGAGAAAUCCUGCUCUGGGACCUUGGUCGCUACCGAUGUUAGGUGCAGAUUUUCUGGUGAUGUGAGGGGUUACGGAUCCAGUCAAAAGCCUUGUGAACUGCUCACAGAUAUUUUCAAACAUGUUAUGAUUUAAAGUCUGGAUGAUUGGGGUUACAAAUAUGUCAGUACGGAGGAGGUGAUGGUGUUGCAACAGGAAACAUUCUAGCCCCUUUUGGCUAACUCUAGCUAGCAUAUUACUGUAAAACUACUUAAAAUCCCACCUCCAGUUCAGUGUUCAGUGUUGACUGCGUCUCCCCAUCAUUUUCUCAUCCAGACUCGUAUAGUCAUCUGCUUUGUUAACAUUACACCUACCUGUCACUACACGUCACUCCCUGUUCAGUUUAAAUCUGCUCCUCGGAUCACGUGAGGUGAUGUGUUCAUGCUCCACGAUAAUCUUUAUAUCCUGUAGUGUGUGCACUGCCAUUUGUAAAACCUAGUAGUGUGAACAUGUUAGAGAGUAGAUAGAAGAACAUAUGUUAAGUUUCUCCUUGCGUGCGUGAUGCAACCUGAUUUCAAAGCUCCUGUAGUCCGAGCCCAGCUUCAGGUGAUGUCCUCCAGUGUCUUAUUUUGUUUGACCAAAACUCCCAAACCCAAAGAUAUUAAGUUUACACUGAUAUGUGGCAGGGAAAAUCAACAAAUCAUAUGAUGUGAGGAGCUGGAACCAAAAAAUAUUUGGCAUUUUUUCACUAUUUUUGCUUGAAAAAUAGCUGAAACAAUUAAUCUGUCAAUCGAUUAAUCGUGUCAGCGUUACUUCAGUCGGACCAAAACGUGACACUUAAAAGCGCCGUUUUUAUGUCAUGCUCUCGCAAUUUUGACUCCAAAAAACUCUGAUGUUUACAUUUAAUUGAAUGAAGUCGGAUAAACUCAAGUUUAGGAGAGAAAUUGUGCAUAUUUGUGAGGGAAAUCUGGUCGAGGUGAGUAAAAUGCUUCUAAAUGCUGAUAAUGUAGGAAACAGAAGGACGACAUUUGAGCCAUUUACAUGGAGGAAUAUAACUGAAUAGGAAAGCUCAGUCUUAGCUGUAUUUGACCCAGAGGGGGGGAGAACAAAAAUAAAGUCAGGCACUUGUGUCAGUGACCUGCGUUUGGGAAAUCUCGCUUUAAAAAGUCAUUUCACAACAACAAUUGUUUUAUUUGAAUGUAACUUAUUUGCCAUUGAUUUUCAUUUGUGCUCCAGUAUCAGUUAUCUCCUGUUCCUCUGUGUAUGUUUACAUGUUUGUAUUCUGUUUUUGUUGUGACACCGUUUCCACAGAGUUAUGUCACCUUUUUUUAUAUUUUAUUUAUGCAGUAUUUAUCAGACUGCAUCCUGUUUGGCAGCCAUUUUGUUCUCCUUUUAUUCUCAUUUUAGCUGCAUGAGUGUUGGCGUACUGUACGGCUGUGUGCUCGCAAGCAUAGAAAAAAUAUUUUGUCAUACUUCCAAUAUUUUUUUUUUCUUUACACAAAAAAAUAAAUUAUUUUGUG